GAGAAAAGGGACUUCCGUUUUUCUUGUCGUGCGUCGAGCCCGGAAGAAGACCGCCUUUUCCAAGAUCCCGGUGGGCAGUGGUGCCUGUGGUGGAUUUUGAGCCAAACCCCCGCUUCGGAUCCGGGCAACGGUUUCCCCCCCUCCCCCGCCUCUUAACGGUCUUCUCUCCUCGCGGCGGGAUGACGUACCCAGGGUUCGGAGCGUAUGGCGCUUACCGUGGCCAGAUACCGAUGCAAAUGGCCAUGGGCCAGGCAGUCCCAGGAGGAGUACCGAGUGUGGCCCAUGCUGGAUCUUCUGGAUAUUCAGUUUAUUCUGGUGCCUAUGCUGCUGCUGCUGAUCCCAUGUGGACAUUUUUCAGUGCUAUUUCUGGACAGGAUGGUGAAGUGGAUGCUGAAGAGCUACAGAGAUGUCUAACACAGUCUGGCAUCACUGGAACUUACACUCCAUUCAGCUUGGAGACCUGCAGAAUUAUGAUAUCAAUGUUGGAUAGAGAUAAUACUGGGAAAAUGGGCUUCAAUGAAUUUAAAGAACUCUGGGCAGCUCUAAGUGCUUGGAAGCAAAACUUCAUGAUGAUUGAUCAGGACCGAAGUGGAACUGUAGAACUUCACGAAUUGACUCAAGUCAUCAUAGCUAUGGGUUAUAGGCUAAGUCCACAGACAUUAAUUGCUAUUGUCAAGCGUUACAGCAAGAAUGGCAGAAUUUUUUUUGAUGACUACGUGGCUUGUUGUGUGAAGCUUCGGGCUUUGACUGAUUUCUUCAGAAGACGAGACAGCAUGCAACAGGGCAUUGUGAAUCUUGUAUAUGAUGAUUUCCUGCAGUGCACUAUGGCUAUCUGAGUGCCAACUGUGGAAGAGAGUGCCAGAAUAUGACCCAACUGUUUUGAGAAAACUAAUGGAUGCUGUGAAAAACGAGGCUGCCACUGACUUUUCCACAUUUCUGCCCGCUAACGCGUAUCUUCUGUAUAAAAUACCUUUGAUUUUUAGUGUGUAGUUCAACAAUAAACAAGUGUUCAUAUUUUACAGUA